CCGGUGUCCCGUAUUUUACUUUUCAGGCUGUAAUUACAUUACAACUAUUACACCGUUCUGGGCCCAUAACCUCUUGAGAUUAGGAUCAGUAUUCCUACUGGGAAUACUUGUGAUGUAAUUACAGCCUGAGAAGUAAAAGACGGGACACGCGGAAACACAGCUUCUAUAACAACGCGUAUUUUAUUCAAGAGAGAGAGAGCAGGGUGGCCAAUGACCUAAUACAAAAUAGCCUUGAGUAGAUGAUCCGUAGGUUCCAUAGACUUAUAAGAGUGACGUCACUCACAAAGCAGCUCAAGUCAGCUGUGAACCCCGACAGUUUUAUUUUCGCUACGAGGGUGUUGUGUGUGGUAGCCAAUAGCUCAAGCUCUUUUUAAAAAAACGAAGGAUAAUGGUUUUAGACUUGUAGCCUGUUAAUUGAGAGAAAUGAUGUCGGUCGCCCGAGUGAAGCUACUGUUUCGGGGAAUAAACCCGCACUCCAACCAUAAAUUAUACCAAGGAAAACGCCCGGUGACGAGCACUCCGUCGGGAAGUCUUCUUCCAGAACCGAAAAAAACACCUUUCGGUAUUCUAGGUAUUAUUUGUGCCGUCAUUCCCGGCCUUCUGAUCGGUGCGACCAUUAGCAAAAACAUGGCUAAUUUUCUUGAGGAGAACGAGCUCUUCGUACCGUCGGACGAUGAUGAUGAUGACGAUUAAGCUCAAACUUCGUAGUAUACCAAUGCUGAGGUGACCGAAGUGUUCCUCAUAAAAAACCAGCGUCAAAAACGUUUUUUACUUUUGGUGAGAAACUUGUCAUUUAUCAAUUACAGCCGUUUGAAAUUAGCCAACCCGACAGCAUCUAAUGGCAGAUUUCCAUGAGGAAUACCUUGCCAACUUACGUGACGAUAGUGCCAAGAGUGCAUUAAAUGAGAUAUUCUAGUUCAUAGACCCUGUUUACACUGUAUCAAUUUGACAUGGACCAUAAAUGGGAUUAAUCAAUAACAUGAUAGAUUGCAGAGGAAACUACUUACUUUCUCUUUUGCACUAAUUGGAUUCCCAUUCCUUAUUCAUGUUGUGUAUCAAAUUGAUGUGAUGUAAACAUAGCUCUUUCAGUCUGAUUAAAUUUACACAAGGCACAGCCCAUAUGUUAUUGCUUUAUCUGUUCUAGAUAUUUCUUCUCCAAUUCUACAUUUGUUAGAGUUUUCACUCCAGAAUCAUCAGAACUCCCAUUCUACAAGGUUUUCUGACACUUUCAUACAUAUUCUUGUUCAUGCAAUAUAGUUUACAAAAAAAAAAAAAAGAAUAUGUUGAAUCACGAAUUAAAAACAUUUUGAUUCAUACAUAAUUAAUAACAAUCUACAUAUCAUUAACAAUAUUAUAACUAGAUUUUCAAUGAACAGGUCACGCUGAACUAGGUAUCCUAAUGAACAUGAUAAGCUACAUUUAAUCAAAUGUGCAGUCAACAAGUAUAAGUUGAGUUACCAACUCAGUUGAAUAAAAAUCUUUCGUAUCCACUCUCCAGCCAGUUGCUUAUAGAAAUUAGUCUCCGAAACAAUGCUUCUUACAUUCUAGGAUUGUUACA